AUGUUUUAUGGCAAAAGAGGAAGUGAUUUAACAAAAUCCAAUAUUGAACUUUUCUUUUCUGAAAAAAUACAAAAACAAAUCUUACCUACUGAAUCCGUUGAAUCAUUAGAUAGCUUUCUACCCUAAUUUCAUUGCUCUAAUUAAGAGUAACUUGAAUGUGAACAUAGAAUAGUACUGUACUUAAGAGAACUUGGUAUAUAAUUUAAAACUGAUCCAAGAAAUAAAGAAUUAGAUUAUUAGUAUGAAUACUUAUAUAUUCAAGUGAGGAGUCUAAUAAAAAAGGGAUAGUUUUUUAGGAGUCUAUAGGUGAAUCACCUUAAUUGGGUCCACAAAAAAAUAAUGAUAUUUUUUAAAAUAAGAAAAUAAAUUUUGGAGAAACCAUACCCUGGUUAAAACCAUUGAUAGUGCGCAAAAAUUAAAGUAUAGAAUCAUGA